GUGACGGGACUUACGUGUUUUGUGAUUCAGGAAAGUUUUUAUUGCCCUGUAUACCACAGCAAUGUUGUUCAAACACAUCUGAGCUGUUCAUUUUAUCUAAAAGCGGCGCUAUUCUCUCUUUCUCCAAGUCGCACCAUGAGAUUAUCGCUGCUACAACACCUACUUUUCGAUCGAUCGCUGCUAACGAUGACGAAUUGUACUGCAUCACAGAGGAUGGAAUUCUCUUUGUUUAUUCGCUAACCGAUUUUCCUGGUAGUCUUAUUGCGCAUCAACCUCUCUCAAUGAAGAUAAAGAGUGUGGUCUGCGGGCCAGGAUUCGCCCUAUUCUUGACUCCCUCUGGAGCUGUAUUCAGCAAGGGAAUUGGCACUCGAGGCCAAUUAGGUCAUGGGGAUUUAGAAUCGCGCACAACACCAGAGCUGAUUGCUGCCCUUACGCCUGUAACUGUUGUCGCUAUUGCAUGCGGGAAUUGGCACUCCGUGCGUAUGCUGACUUUAACACUACUCGAGUUAACAGACACGGGAGACAUUUAUGCCUGGGGAUCAAACGAAUUCGGUCAGUUGGGUUGUCCAUCUCUCAACUUAGAUCGAUCAAACAACCUAAACGAUCCCACCCUCUCUUCUGAUGCAUGCAUCAAUCUGAGUGCACUUCCAGUGCCCGUCGACCUUCCCGAAGAUGUAUCUAUAGUGGCGAUCGCUUGUGGAAGUCGUCACACCGCCUGCUUGUCUGCACAUAAGGAACUACUCACUUUUGGUUGGAACGGUUUUGGACAACUGGGUUUUGGCCCGAACGAACAAGAAAUGCCGGGUCGAUACCCUCACGAAGGAGCCUCCGACAAAGUUAACCGAACAAGUCUACCCUUUUCAUCCCAUGCCGAGUUGUCUCUUAGUUGUGGGUCAUGGUGCACAAUUGUGAGGCCGGUGGAAUGA